UCCUUUGAACUUUCAGAAGAUAUUUUGAUAAGGGAUUUAAUAUAUACAUUUCAAGGAAUAAAUGGCAAAGUUAUCAAGUUAGAUCAAUCAGUUGAUGCGUUCCGUGUUGAUUUUAAUGUCGGUGUGCCAAAGCAUUCAAGAGAGUUAGUUCAUAAAUUAGCCGAAAUUGGAUGGUUGUAUCGAAAGAUUAGAAAGUUUAUUGAUCAACAUUCUACUGAUCAAGCAUAUGGAUUAGUUGGCCAGAGUUUUUGCACUGCACUCCAAGACGAGCUGACAGAGUUUUAUCGGCUUAUCGCUGUAUUGGACGCUCAGGUAUUCCGUGUUUCGGAACAACAGCUAUCAGUUGGUCCUACGAAUGCAAAUUAUUUGUCUUUACACCGACUCUCAGUUUGGACUUACGAGCCGCUGCAACGAUUAACUAUACUUGCAUCAUUAACUGAUAUAUGUACUGGUAAGAAAGGUGGUGCUUUAGCGUCGACGGUACAUUCAUACUAUCAACAUGGUAAUCCAUCCAUUCGUAAUUUAAUAAAAGAUGUCCUUGGGAAGGUCGUUAAACCUUUAAAUUUUAUGCUACACAAGUGGAUAUACGACGGGCAACUGGCUGAUAUACAUCACGAAUUCUUUAUUUCAUCGGAAUCGACAGUCCAAGAGAACCGCCUAUGGCGAAACAAAUAUGGCAUUACCAAAUCAAUGCUGCCCUCAUUUAUUGCAAUAGCACUUGCAAAGAAGAUUCUAUUAAUUGGAAAAUCUAUCAACUUUAUUCGUCAAGUCUGUAUGGACAGGAGCGCAAUAUUCGGUAUCAAACCUACUACAGCAGUUGCUACCAACGGAGAUGAAAUUUUCACUCAAAAAAUAAUCGGCUCGCAACUUGAAGUGAUCGUUGAUUCUGUUUAUACAGCAACAAGCAAGCAUCUAUUAAAGAUAUUAAAUGAAAAAUAUAAAUUUAUGGAUCAUCUUAAAGCUCUUCGUCGUUAUCUUUUGCUUGGCCAAGGCGAUUUCGUAAUACAUUUGAUGGACUCUUUGGCACCAGACUUGAAUAAGCCGGCGUCGAAUUUAUAUGUGCACAACUUGACUGGAGUCCUCGAAACAGCAAUAAGAGCAACGAACGCACAAUAUGAUGACGCAGAUAUUAUAAAACGUUUAGAUAUUAGGCUACUUGAGGUAUCUCCAGGAGAUACAGGAUGGGAUAUCUUCAGUCUUGAUUAUCAUGUAGAUGGACCCAUCAGUACUGUUUUUACUGCACAAUGCAUGAUUAAUUAUUUGCGCAUGUUUAACUUUCUAUGGCGUUUGAAGCGAAUGGAAUUUGUUCUUGGAGAGACAUGGCGUAACCAACUCAAAUGCUUCAAUAUUUACAAACAUUUGCCAGGAAUUCUACCGUUACUACAUGCAAGUAACAUUUUAACAGCGGAACUAAUCCAUUUUAUAAAUCAAAUGCAAUAUUAUAUUAUGUUCGAAGUCCUAGAGUGCGCUUGGGACGAGUUAGUAAAAAGAGUAGAAGAAGCUAAAGACCUCGAUGAUGUUAUCGAUGCUCACGACAAAUUUCAAGAAAUCAUUAUUACUCGCUCUUUACUAGACUCGCAUUCUCGGGACUUACAGACACAAAUUAGGUCGAUUUUUAAUUUCAUUCUUCAAUUCCAAAAUUUGCUAGAAAGUCUCUUUUCCGCAGCGCAAUAUGAAGUUGAUUCGGAAAAGAAAAUAGAGCGUGAUGCAGAAAAGAGAAGCAAGCAGGGCCAGUGGGGAAUGACUGAUACUGAAACGGAAAUAGAAGAACGAAGAGUAGAGGAAUUUAUUUCUACCACAAUCCCUACUACCUUAAAGAAAUUGAAUAAAAUUUUGGAAUCUUCAAAGGCUGCUAUCCGAACCUUUUUAUUAUCUCUUAUUUCAAAAGCUGACGUAAGCCUACGUUUUCUGUGCUUUCGUUUGGAUUUUAACGAAUUUUAUAGAGAGCAAGAACCAAGGUUGAAGAGCCCUUUACGACUACAGCGAAAGAAGCGCAUACAAUAUGAAUCAUGA